AUGGCCGGCUCAAUCAACAAACCCAAGAAGCCGAAGUCCAAGAGGACGACCGUCCGCCUCCGCCACAAGAUCGAGAAGGCGUCGGCGGCCAAGCAGAGGAAGGAGAGAAAGCGCGCCAAGCAGAACCCGGAAUGGCGCUCCAAGCUCAAGAAGGACCCCGGCAUUCCGAACCUGUUCCCUUACAAGGAGAAGCUUCUCGCCGAGAUUGAGGAGAAGAAGCUGCAGAAGCAGGAGGAGGCGCAGAAGCGUCGCGAGAUGGCAAAGGCCGCCAAGGCCGGCGGCGCCACCGAAGGUGCGUCGACAGGUCAGGACGAGAUGGCUGAUGUUGGGGACGACGACAUGAUGGUUGAGGACGACGAUGACGUCGACGAGUCAAACCCCAUGGCCGCCCUGCUGGCGAGCGCGAGGGCCGCCGCCGAGACCUACGAGAAGGACCUCCGCGACUCGGACGAUGACGACGACUCGAUGGACGACGACUCGGACGACUCGGACGCCGCCCCUGAGAUUGCCGUUGGCAACGCCACGUCCCGUAAGGCGUUUGACAAGGUCUUCAAGAACGUCGUCGAGCAGGCCGACGUUAUCCUCUACGUCCUCGACGCCCGCGACCCGGAAUCCACCCGCUCCCGCGACGUCGAGCGCAGUGUCAUGGCCGCCGCCAGCGGCGGCAAGCGCCUUAUCCUUGUCGUCAACAAGAUCGACCUCGUGCCCCCCAAGGUCCUGAAGGACUGGCUCAUCCACCUGCGCCGCUCCUUCCCGACGCUGCCCCUGCGCGCCUCCAACGCAGCGCCCAACGCCCAGACCUUCAACCACAAGGAGCUUACGGUGCAGAAGACGUCGGCCGACCUGUUCCGCGCCCUCAAGUCGUACGCCGCAAGCAAGCAGCUCAAGCGCGCUGUCUCCGUCGGUGUCAUCGGCUACCCCAACGUCGGAAAGUCCUCCGUUAUCAACGCUCUCCUCGGCCGUCUGAGCGGCGGCCGCGGCGCUUCCAAGGCCUGCCCCGCGGGCGCCGAGGCCGGCGUCACGACGAGCAUCCGCGCCGUCAAGAUCGACAGCAAGCUCACCCUCCUCGACUCCCCCGGUAUCGUUUUCCCCUCGGCCACCAACAGCACGACCUCCGGGCUCGUGUCGCUCAAGAACGCCACCGACGCCCACGCCCACCUCGUGCUGCUCAACGCUGUGCCGCCCAAGAACAUUGAAGACCCCAUCCCAGCCGUCACGCUCCUCCUGCGCCGGCUGUCAACCACCCCGGAUCUGCUGCAGAAGCUGACCGACACGUACGACCUGCCCCCACUGCUGCCGAGCCGCGCCGACGGCGACGUCACGACCGACUUCCUGGUCCAGGUGGCGCGGAAGCGCGGCCGCCUGGGCCGUGGUGGCAUCCCCAACAUCAACGCCGCCGCCAUGACCGUUGUCACCGACUGGCGCGACGGCCGUAUCCAGGGCUGGGUUGAGGCUCCCGUCUUGGCCGUACAGGGCUCCAGCAAGGAGACUUCUGCGCCGGUCGGCGAUGACGUCGGCGCCGCCGACCAGAAAACCAUCGUCACGGAGUGGGCUCAGGAGUUCAAGCUCGACGGCCUCUGGGGCGACGACGGUGCGGCCGCCGCAGACGAUGAGGCGAUGGAGCAGUAA